AUGCUGCCCAGACUGCUCCGCCCCCUCCGCCCAGCACUCCGCCUCACGGCACUCACGCGCCCGAACCCACGGCCCUCCGCCCUCCCCCGCCAGCCCUUCCCAGCAGCCCGGAGCUACUGGCAGCAGUCCCCGCGCGAGUGGUGGCGCCGCUUCAGCUGGGAGGUGGACCUCGACGAUCCCUUUAUCCCCCUGUUGAUGGUGAUGCUCCCGUUCCUAAGCGUGGGUGUCUACUACGCCAUCAAGGAGAAGCAGAAACCCCCCAAGACCAACGCUUUCGGCGACGUCGUGGUCCGCGACGGCGAGGAGGCGACCUAUGGCCCGCCAGAGACCAAGCUCCCCCAGCCCCCAGCUGCGCCGUGGAACCCCCCGGGGGAGUAG